CACACACACACACACGGAUGCGAGGCGCUCCCGCUCCGGCCAUGCAAGCGCCGGCGGCCGCGCAGCGCAACAAGGGCCCGAUCCUGGCCGUGCUGCGGGAAUACGCGGGCUCUGGAGCCCACGCGGGACGCGACGACGUGCUGAGGGUGUUGGAGGUAGGGGCGGGCGCGGGGCUCCACGCCGCUUACUUCGCCCGGGAGCUGCCACAAACGCGCUGGCAGCCUUCAGACGUCGACCCCCGGGCUCUGCGCAGGAAAGCCCCAGACUCAGCUCUUAGGUGGCUCAUCGGGAUGGCCGGCACUGCUGUGAGCCCGCCCAGCUUCCCCUGCUCAGGGCUGGCUUGUUUUUCCUCACGAAAGACACAACAUUGGACCCUCAGGCAGCUCAGCUUCCCUCACUCAACGCUUCCUUUAUUCUUCUCCAGAAAAGCCUCAGUAUCCAACAACUCCCAGGCAUCGCAGCCUCUCCAGCUCAGGGAUAUUCCCCCCCCUAGAAAAGCCUCAAUACCCAACCACUCCCUCCCAGCCCAGGCUCCCCACUUCAGGACUCCUUUUUACCCAGAAAAACCCCCAAUAUCCAGCUCCCAACCAGGCCACUCUGCAGGAAAAAACACAACAUUCCACUCCCAAACAUCUCAGGCUCCCCAGCUCGGGAUUGUUUUUCCCCCAGCAGCCUCAGUAUCCGUCUGCCCUCCCCUCCCCCGCCCCGGAGUGCUUCCUGCCCGCAAAGCGCCCGCGCAGCCGUGGCUCAGCCCUCCCCCUACCCACGCGUGCCCGCGAUGCCCCACGGUGAUGCUGAGCCUCAUGCCCGGCUCCUCAGCCCCGAUUCCCGGCUCCCCAGCCCUCCCCGGCAGCGGUUCCCAGCGCCUCGCACCCCGCACCGCCCCCGCGUUUCUUUGCCCCGCGUGUGCGUGCGUGGGUCUGCCCGCACCCGAAGCACAGCCAGCCGUUGCGGAGCCGGGUCCGUUGCCAAUCAGGAGCCAAAAAUCCGAGCUCUGCAGCUCGGAGGGGAUGAAAAUGAGCCCGGGGCGGGGGUGCAGCCGCCGUCCUUCCCGGCGCCUCCCCCGGCAGCGGCAGCGUCCCGCGGGGAAUGUGCCCAAAAGGGUGUGAAUCGCACCCAAAGCAGCUGGUCCUAGUGCAGCGGUGCGGGGAGCGUGCGGGCAGCCUGAGCACGUGUGUGCGGGAGAGGCGGGGGCAGCCCCGCGGAGACGCAACAGCGCCGGGGGAUGGGCUGAGGCGUCUCUCGGUGCCUGCUGCCGGUCCUGCAGCUGCCUAGAAUCAGAAUGAUCAGCUCCCUGGGCAGCCUGGCACAGGGGCUGACACCCUCCCAGGGAAAUUCAGCUCCAAUCUCGCCUCCCCUGGGGCAGCUGCAGCCUGUUGCCUCUUGUCCUGUCAUUGCUGCCUGGGGAGCAGAGACUCCCGUGGCUCCAGCCUGGCCAGGGCCCUCUGCAGCUCCUUCCUGCCCUCUCAGGCACACCCCCACACCCACCCAGCUCGGCCUCAUCCCCAAAAUGAUUCAGGGUUCCCUCAAUCCCCUCACCCAGACCAUUGACACGGAUGCUGAUGGGCCAACACCUGCCUGCUGAGAAGCAAGGAGCCAUACCAGAGCCCUCACCCUGUGUAGAGCCCCCACAGC